AAAGCUUUACGACACCAUGAUGACUACUUGAGUGAUAACAAAAAACAGAACUUAACUCAAUCCCUACACGCCAAAACCCAUGUCGUUGAACCCAACUUCCCCGAAGCCAAACGGCAAAGAUACCGAUACUACUUAGGCGUCAUCAUGAUACUACCCAACCAAUACACGUUACAUUACAUAACAACACUGUUAUGUACCUAUAUAUAGUCAAAGCUUCUUUAUUCCGAUUCAUAUUUCAUCUCUUUUCAUACACAACAUAGCAUAAGAUGGGUUCAUCUGCCGCCACAAAAAACAUUGCAGAUUCAGCGUCCUGGUACUGUGCCAUGAUGCUGUUGGGCAUGAUUCUGUUGGGGUCUGUAAGGGAAAGCGCAGUGGCAGGAGAAGGUGAGGCUGUAAAAGGGAACAACCUCCGUGAAGGACCGUGUGAUGAAAUCUACGUUGUGGGAGAAGGAGAGACCCUGCACACAAUCAGCGACAAGUGUAAUGACCCGUUUAUCGUGGAGCGGAACCCGCAUAUCCAUGACCCGGAUGAUGUUUACCCUGGCCUUGUCAUCCAAAUCAUCUCUACCCGUCAAUCCUGAGAAACUAACUAUUCAAGAGGUGGUGCCUCCUUAUUACAUUGCAACAAGGUAUUUUAGACACGGAUUAUUCUGCAAUUCAUUUCGAAAAGCCUUCUUUUUUUCUCAGAUCUUAGAUUUUUUCUUUUUUUUCAGUAUAAAAACCUGUCAAAACCUCUUUAUAUCUUCUGGUUCAAAGGCUCCGGGUCUUCUUCAUUGUAUAGAUAUUUACUCAAGAAAGAGGAAGGAGAAAAAAUAUAUAUUCAUAGUUAAUGGUAGCUUAGUUUCUUA